UGUCUUUUUCUUUUUUCUUUUUUUUCACUAUUCCUCAAGCAAACACACAAACACACAUAUAUAUAAAAACACACACAGUUAUUAUAAGCAUAUAUAGUCCUACGAACAUUGUCUUUUAUUUUUGUGCCUAUCAUGCCACCAAAAAAAGGCAAGCCCGAACAAAGUCUAUACCCUCCAGGAAAAAUAGUAUUUGCCAAAUUGAAAGGUUUCCCAUGGUGGCCAGCCAUUAUUCAAGAUGACAACCAAGUCCCAAAAGAUGUCGUCAAGGCCAAAUCAAAAAAGAACAUACCUCAAAAUUAUUAUACCGUGUUCUUCUUUGGAUCUUUGGAUUAUGCUUUUUUUUCAGAGAAUUUGCUUAGACCAUUUGAUAAAGACAAGGUGAAACAAGAUAUACUCUUAGGCAAAGUCAAGAACAAGGCGUUACUAGAAGGUCUUCAACAGGCAUUGGAUCCAACCUACUUGGAGUCUUUAAGGGAAUCGGAACAAGACAAUGAUAUGAUUAUCAAUAACCUGAAAAAUAAUAAAAGUAGACAACGACAUAUGCCUGAAACCAUCAACAAUGACGAUGAACAACCCUUAGAACAAUCUCAGUCUACCAUCACGAAACAAAAGAAAGGGAAAGCAACAAAAAAGGGAAAAGUGAUCAAGAAAAGGUCUUUUGAAAAUGAUGAUGUCGACUUGAAACAAACAAAAUCUGGAUUAACAAGUAACAAAAAAAGAAAUACAAAAGCUUCUCCGACAAUGACCAACAAUAACUCAAUACCAACAACUGGUUCCUCCUCCAAACAGACGCGCCCUACACACACAUCUAGAUCUCUUGAAGCAGCAGCUCGAAGAUCACCAGAAUAUGAACGAAUUUUCAAAAGACUUUAUCUCACUCGCCACAAACUUCAGAAACUGAUAUAUGAAAAGAAACCUGGUGAAAUACCUUCAAGUGAUUAUCCAAAAAUAUAUGAUAUUCUCAAUUCUCUGGAGCAAGUCAACAUGACCAAGGAAUUAUUGAAGGAAACAAAAAUAGGCAAAGUGGUACGAUAUGGAUGCGAUUAUCAAUUUGAAAAGAAUGAUACCUAUGGACUUCAGGACCGAUGCUUUCAUGUACUAAAUACUUGGAAGACACAUCUAUUAUCCAAAAUGGAGACUGCCAUCGAUGCCACUGCCAGCAACACGAACAGCAAAGAAUCAAUACCAACGACAUCGACAAUUGGACAAACAAUGACCUCUACCACCGACAAUUCUGCAUUCACGACCAACUCACCAUCUGAUACAUCUGAAAUUAUUCUUCCAGUGGCGGAAACAACAUCUAAUAUGAGCAAUACGAAAAUAAUGAUGACGGAGGCUCCACAAGAAACUGUGCAGAACAUGAUGAUAAAUAAUAACAACAAGUCUUUGGAUAUCAUAGAAGAGACACAAUCAAAGGCUAUCAGUAUUCCACAAGCAUCAACGGCAAUAUUAGAAAAUAAUUCGAUUGCCACAUCGGACAACGAUAGGAACAUCAAAUCAUCAAUUGGUAUGGAGACACAGCAAUUUGGUAGUGUGGAUGAUCAUCUAGGUGCUAUCAAAAGGGACGACAAUACUACAAUUGGAAUGCAACAAUCUGUUAACAAUAGAACCAAUAAUCAAAGAUCACCACUGACUACUGCGGAAACAGGACAUGAUGAAUCUAGAAUGAAUAACAACAAAAACCAUUUUACACCAAAAAUAAGUGAUCUAACUUUUUGCAACGACAAGAUGUAUGAUAGUGACGCGACAUUCGUAUCGCUUACGAUACCCUCCAAACAAUCGCACUUUACCUUGGACGACCAAAAAUUAACACCAACGACGAUAGUAUCAUCAAAAAAGCAUGAUAAAGGGGACAAUAUCAAGACAGAUGAUAAAGCAGUAAUGACAACGACAACAAAAUGUGACUCUGUGCUAUUACUAGACCAUUCGGAUCCUUCUACUCAUAGUUCACCAACAACAAUCACAGAUAAUCAGAUUCCAUUACCGCGAUCAUUAUUAUUGGACAAAAGCAACUAGUCGAUACAAGGUCAAGAUGAUGAAUUGGAUGGAUAUCCUUUUGUUGAAAGAGUGGGGAUUAUUAUGGGCGGGUAGAUAGUCUGCAUUUCAUCAUGUUUAUAUAGUCAUUCUUCUCUCUUUCUCUCUCUCUUAUGAUUAUUUACUAUUGGUUUUUAUUCCUCCUUCUUCAACUUUGUACAGCGGAUUCUAUUUUAUUUCUAUUUUUUCAUAUAUCAAUAAAGAUUUUUUUUUUACCACCUUGUUUUUUUAUAUAUUGAGUUCUUGAUUCGAAAUGGGCAAAUUUCUUUAAUUAUUUGGAAUG